GGCUAGUAUUACAUUUAUCGUUCGGCUCAAACACUGGAUCGUCAUAACCUUCAACUUCUUCAAGUACAAUCAAAAAUGGUCGAUGAAUCAACGAGAAAAACCCUAAGUAACAUUCAGUUAUUGCAAACAAGAGCUGGUCCUAGAGAUAAGGAUUUGUGGCUGCAAAGAUUGAAAGAAGAAUAUCAAGCUCUUAUCAAGUAUGUUAAAAAUAAUAAAGAGGCCGACAACGACUGGUUUCGGCUAGAAUCAAAUAGGGAAGGUACCAAAUGGUUUGGAAAAUGCUGGUAUAUUGAAAAGUUCCUAAAAUAUGAAUUUGAUAUAGAAUUUGACAUUCCCAUUACAUAUCCCGCAACAGCACCGGAAAUCGCUUUACCAGAAUUAGAUGGUAAAACAGCAAAGAUGUACAGAGGUGGUAAAAUUUGUCUUACCGACCACUUCAAGCCAUUGUGGGCUCGAAACGUUCCCAGGUUUGGCAUUGCUCACGCAAUGGCUCUUGGUUUGGGACCUUGGUUAGCAGUCGAAAUUCCAGAGCUUAUAGAAAAAGGCAUUGUAGUUCACAAAGAUCAAGACAACAAAUCUUAAUUAUU